AUGGGGACCCUACUACUGACUCUGCUUGGACUGCAGACAGUGAUGGGAAUGGGACACUGGUGUGAGCACACGGUGGAGGAGAGAGUGGAGCGAGUCCUGUCCCCGCGCCUGCAGCUGGAAGUGAGCUGCUCUGAGGUUUACCAGUACAACACCCAGGCCUGGAGGCUGGAUGUGGACCGGAUGCGUGCCAAGCACGGUGGCGACGACGGCAUCGCACUGUACUACAAACUACAGGGCCCGAAGGCCUCCUGUUUCUUGUACAAACCCCCAGAGAUGGAGAACCAGCUGGUGAACAAGACCGUGAGGGCAUGCUGUGAGGGCUGGGGCGGACCACGCUGCUCUGAUGGUGUGGGCGUGCGUGGCCAGUGUUACUCUACAUGGAGUUGUGAGGAGUUCCCUGGAGUCCAUAACUCCUCUCUCAUGCCCUUGGAGCAGUGCUGCAGCAGCCUAUGGGGGCUAAGCUGGAGGAACGCCUCCGACCAGACUUGCUUGUCCUGCUCCUACACUCUUCUUCCUGACUCCCAGUUCUCCCCUCUGGUGCGCGGUGGUCUGCUGGGUAGCGUCAGGAUGCCUCAGAGCUCGGCCACAUGUAUGUCCUGGGGUGGAGCCCACUACCGCACUUUUGACAGGAAGCACUUCCACUUCCAAGGCAGCUGCACUUACCUGCUGGCCUCAUCCACUGAUGGCACGUGGGCAGUCUACAUCAGUACGGUCUGUGAUGGGAGAGGAGACUGCAGCAAGGCUUUGAGGAUGAUGCUGGGUCUUGAUUUGGUUUCAAUUCACCACAAGAACUUAACGCUGAACAACCUUCCCGUUCCAAAUGGACAACCACUCUUCCAAAAUGGAGUGAGUGUUCAUUGGCUGGGGGACUUUGUGUUUGUGGAGAGCGGCCUGGGAGUGAGACUAAAGUUCGACCUGACCAACACCGUCUACCUGACGGUGACCGCCGACCACCUGGCAGCCACCAGGGGGCUCUGUGGAGUCUAUGACAACAACGCUGACGAUGACUUCACCACAAUGGGCGGAGCUGUGUCUCAGUUCGCCGCCAGCUUCGGCAACUCGUGGAAGGUCCCCGACCAGCACAACGAAGACUGCCGUGACGCGGCCGAGCUCGGCCACAGCUGUGACGUCUCAGGUGACCCUGAUCUACGCGGGCAGGCGGAGUCAGUGUGUCACCGACUGCUGGAGGACCCCUUCACACACUGCCACCUGCGGGUGGACCCAGCACCGUACAUGGACACCUGCCUCUACCUGUACUGUAGCCUGCCUCCCAAGGACAGGGAUUCAGCGGUGUGCGACACCCUUGCCAGCUAUGCCCGAGAGUGUGCUCAGCAACAUGUCAGCAUGGUGUGGAGGUCACACACCCUGUGUGGUCGCGUCUGUCCCAGAGGUCAGGUGUUCUCAGACUGUGUGUCCUCCUGUCCCCCCAGCUGCACGUCUCCCCAGCCCCCCGGACCUGGUGCAGCCAUGGGCCAGUGCAGAGAGGAGUGUGUGGGCGGCUGCGAGUGUCCGCUGGGCCUCUAUCUCCACCAGGGGCUCUGUCUGACAAGGGACGACUGUCCCUGUUUCCAUCGCAGACGCACCUACCAGUCAGGGGACAGGAUCCAGCAGAGAUGCAACACCUGUGUGUGUAGAGCAGGCCAGUGGCAGUGUACUGGGGAGAAGUGUGCAGCCCAGUGCAGCCUGAUGGGGGCACUACAGGUGACCACCUUUGACAAAAAGAGGUACUCACUACAGGGAGGAGAUUGUUCCUACACUGCUGUGGAGGACUUUGUUGACAGGAAACUGGUGGUGAGCGUGCGCUGCGGGGAGUGUACAGUGGGAGGAGGAGGAGGGGGUGGAGGAGGCCUGGGUUGUCUGAGGGAGAUGUCAGUCACGGCACUCCGCACCACAGUCACCAUCACAGACACCGGUACAGUGACACUGAAUGGCCUGAGGGAGCCGCUGCCUGUGGUGACGGGGGACCUGGUUGUGCGGAGGGCCUCCUCCUCAUUUCUCCUCAUCCAGGCUUUUGGAGCCCAGCUGCUCUGGCACCUAGAUGGACCUUUGGCUCUCAUCAUCCUGCAGCCCGGCUUCGCAAAUAAGGUGCGCGGCCUUUGUGGAACGCUGACCUGGAACCAGCACGACGACUUCACCACCCCGGAAGGAGACGUGGAGAACAGCGUGUCGUUGUUCGCAAGCAAAUUCAGGACAGAGCACUGUGCUCUUCCUAGAGGUUCUCCACCUGACCCCUGCACCACCUACACACAAAGGAGGCAGUACGCCGAGACAGUGUGCUCCGUCAUACACAGCCCCGUCUUUCAGGCAUGUCAUGAUGUGGUGGAGAGGGAGCCCCUUUUCCGUCUCUGUCUGUCUGAGGUUUGUGGCUGCGCUCCUCAGAGGGCUUGUCACUGCAACAUCCUCACAGCCUACGCCCGACACUGCGCUCAAGAGGGCGUCGCCGUCCACUGGCGCAAUCGCACCUUCUGCGCGGUCCAGUGUUCGGGGGGUCAGGUGUACCAGGAAUGUGGUCGCACCUGCGGCAGCUCCUGUUCCGACUCAAGGAGCUGCGAUGCCUCUGUCGGUGGGACGGGUCUCAGGAUGUGUGUUCCGGGUUGCCAGUGCCCACUGGGGCUAGCGCAGGAGCACCAGGGCCAGUGUGUGCCCAUCACUAUGUGCCCCUGUGUGCAAGGAGACAAGACGUACCGGUCUGGGGCCGUGAUUCAGAACAAUUGCAACACCUGUGUGUGUGAGCGAGGGCUGUUUAACUGCACUCAGGAGCGAUGUGAGGAGGUGAACCAGUGUCCGGGCAGUCUAGUCUACUCUCCACGCUCCUGCCUCCUCACCUGCUCCAGCCUGGACCCCCCUGGCCAACAGCAGGGGUCCAGUGUGGCGCAUCCGAGCUGCAGAGAGCCCCUGUCUGGCUGCGUCUGUCCCCAGGGAACUGUGCUACUAGGUGAUCGCUGUGUGCUGCCAGAGGAGUGCCCCUGUCACCAUAACGGUCGACUUUACUACAGCAACGACACCAUCACCAAAGACUGCAACACAUGCGUGUGCCAGGAGCGCCGCUGGCACUGCGGCCAGUCCGCCUGCACCGGGGUGUGUGUGGCGACAGGUGACCCGCACUAUGUGACCUUCGACGGCCGCUGUUACUCUUUCCUGGGUGACUGCCAGUAUGUGCUGGCGACGGAGACCAGCGGUUUGUUCAGUGUGAUUGCAGAGAACGUGCCAUGCGGUAGCACCGGGGUCACCUGCACCAAGUCGGUGACCCUCAGCCUGGGAAAUACCGUCAUACAUCUGCUGAGAGGUAAAGCUGUGACAGUAAAUGGGAUGCCCGUUAGUCUACCAAAGUCCUACAGUGGCAGUGGUCUGACUUUGGAAAGAGUCGGCCUGUUCGUCUCCCUUUCCUCCCGACUAGGGGUCACUCUGCUAUGGGAUGGAGGUAUGCGCGUGUACGUGCGUUUGGCGGCCCACCUGCGGGGUCGGGUCGGGGGCCUGUGUGGUAACUUUGACGGGGACACAGAGAACGACUUCACCACACGGCAGGGCAUCGUUGAGUCGACAGCCGAGCUGUUUGGCAACUCCUGGAAGGUCAGCCCCUCCUGCCCCGACGUGUCAGACCAGGACCUCCGAGACCCUUGUGCUAUUAACACCUACAGGGUGACCUGGGCCAGGAAAAGGUGUGCGAUCCUGACUCAGGAGCUCUUCUCUCAGUGCCACCCCGAGGUGCCCUUCCAGCAGUAUUAUGACUGGUGUGUCUUCGAUGCUUGUGGCUGUGACUCAGGUGGGGACUGUGAGUGUCUGUGUACAGCCAUUGCUGCCUAUGCGGAAGAGUGUAACCGCAGAGGAGUCUACAUCCGCUGGAGGUCCCAAGAGCUCUGUCCUAUGCAGUGUGAGAAUGGGCUGGUGUAUGAGCCCUGUGGUCCAGCUUGCUCUCCCUCAUGUCCUAGUGUUCAGCAGAGUCCACACUCCCAUUGUGGCGCUCUCUCCUGUGUGGAGGGCUGCUUCUGCCCUGCUGGCACCGUCCGACACGGGGACAGCUGUGUAGUUCCCAUUCGGUGUCCAUGUGAGUGGGAGGGCUCCAUGUUUCCACCUGGAACUACCAUCACGCAACACUGCCAGAACUGUUCCUGUGAGGAUGGCGUGUGGCGGUGUGAGGGUGUGGCUUGCCCACCUGCACCCCCUCCCUGUCUGGAAUCAGAGUAUACCUGUGCUGGGGGGCGCUGCAUCCCCUCCCAGUGGGUGUGUGACAACGAGGACGACUGUGGCGAUGGUUCGGAUGAGCUCUGCCCGUCCACCUGCUCCCCGGACCAGUUCCGCUGUACCGGCACGCCAAGUGGACCAUGUUUGAACCUGGCUCUGCGUUGUGACGGCCACCCAGACUGUGCUGACCAAUCGGAUGAGGAGUUCUGCGGCCCUGCCACCCCAAUGCCCCUGUGCCCACCGGGGGAGUUUCAGUGUGUCAACGGAAAGUGUCUGUCACCCAGCCGUGUGUGUGACGGCCGUCUGGACUGUGGUUUCGCUGACGGGUCUGACGAGCAAGACUGUGGUGUGGUGUGUGAUGAGGGGGAAUUCCUGUGCGCUGGAGGACGUUGCAUUCUCUACCUCCACCGCUGCGACGGACAUGACGACUGUGGGGACCUCAGUGACGAGAGGGGAUGUGUGUGUGUUCCAGGGGAGUUUCAGUGCCCGGGGGACCAGUGUGUCCCUGCAGACAGAGUGUGUGACGGACACAGAGACUGCCUCUCUGGAACAGAUGAAGCUGUCUGUCCAAGUAGAGUGACCUGCGCCCCUGACCAGUUUGCCUGUAGUGAUGCUACGUGUGUCGCCAGCGCUAAGUUGUGUGAUGGAACAAAAGACUGUCGAGGUGGAGAGGAUGAGAUCAGAACCAACUGCGAUACUGUUGUCACAACGCCGUCUCCCUCACCUGCCACCCGGACUACGCCCACUUCAGCUUGUAGGCCAUACGAGUUCAGCUGUGUCACUGGUGGCCAGUGUGUGCCUCAGGCCUGGCAUUGUGAUGGGGAAACGGACUGCAUGGACGGCAGCGAUGAGCAGCAGUGCACCGCCCUCUGUGGCCCCGGGCAGGUGCCCUGUCUCAGCGGGGACCAGUGUGUGGACUACCAGCAGCUGUGUGACGGGAUCCCACACUGCAGGGAUGCUUCAGAUGAGAGUAUUGACAACUGUGGCUCUACCCGGAUACCGCCUUGCCCAGGGAGCUUCCUGUGCGAUAACCAAACCUGUGUGAACAUGUCGCAAGUGUGCGACGGCAUUCCAGACUGUCCACGGGGCGACGAUGAGUUGGUGUGUGAUAAAACUGUCUCACCAGAACUCCCUGGCAGGAGGAACACCACUUUCACCUGCCCUGAAUUUACCUGCAUGGACGGAUCCUGUGUCCCCUUUAAUAUGGUGUGUAAUGGUGUUGUAGACUGCCAACACUCCUCACUAGCACCACCAGGAGGCCCCACUGAUGAGCAGGGCUGUAGAAGUUGGAGCUACUGGGGUGCGUGGAGCCCCUGCAGCACCUCCUGUGGUACAGGCUCCACAAGCCGGCAGAGAAACUGUCCUACAGGAGAUCCACUGCGUCACUGUCGGGGACAGGACUCCCAGAAGCAGCAGUGCUUCAACACCACCUGUCCUGCGGACGGUCAGUGGCUGCCGUGGGUGAGCUGGUCCAAUUGUUCCAGCGGUUGUGGUGGCGUGCAGGUCAGACACCGAGGCUGCACCCCCCCUCACUACGGAGGCAGAGACUGUUCCCAGCUACCUGGACCAUCCAACCUACCCUUGGAGAUCAAGCCUUGUCCUGAAGAUGGAUGUGCCAACAUCAGCUGUCCCACUGGACUGGUGAGGCACAGCUGUGCUCCCUGUCCAGUGUCCUGCGCCCACAUCAGCAGUGGGACAACCUGUGAUUCAAUGGCUCCCUGCUACUCAGGUUGCUGGUGUCCGGAGGGCCUGGUGAUGAGCCACACGCAGCAGUGCGUGUCACCAGAGGAGUGUGCGUGUGAGGUGGCAGGCGUACGCUACUGGCCGGGCCAGCAGAUGAAGGUGGACUGUGAGAUUUGUGUCUGUGAGAGGGGAAGGACACAUCGAUGCCGGCCGAACACAGACUGUUCAGUGCACUGUGGCUGGUCGUCUUGGACUGAGUGGGGAGAGUGUUUGGGGCCCUGUGGUGUUCAGAGUGUCCAGUGGUCGUUCCGCAGCCCAAACAACCCAAUCAAGCAUGGAGACGGGAGAACGUGCAGAGGAAUAUACAGGAAAGCCCGCUGGUGCCAGACAAACCCCUGUGAUGAGUGUAAGUACCAGGGUCAGUCCCAUGCUGUGGGAGAGAGGUGGAGGUCAGACUACUGCCAGUUAUGUCACUGUCUGCCCAACCUGACAGUGCAGUGUUCCCCCUACUGUCCAUACGCUGUCACUGGAUGUCCACAGGGCCGACGUCUGGUGCCUGGGGAGGGAGACAGGUGUUGCUACUGCCAAGGAAACGGCACCAUUCUCGUGACAAUUAGCCCCGUCACUGUGAGCUCCAAGCCAGCAGAGGGCACUACUACACCUCUGGUUCCCACAUAUCCACUUCCUGCUAGAGGUGAGUGUUGGUCUCCUCUGGGUGUUCAGACUCUGCCAGCCUCCAGUUUCAGCGCCUCGUCACAGCAGCCCGCUCACCCCCCUGAGUCAGGUCGCCUGCAUUGGUGGGACCCCCAACGAGACCUCCAGGGUUGGAGUCCAGAACCCGAUGUGUAUAAGGACCUCCCACAGCGGAGCCCUGAGGGACACACUAGCAACACACAAAGCCUGUACCUCCAGACGGACCUGCUGAAACAAUACAACAUCACAGGUGUGCUAACCCAGGGAGGUGGUGUGUUUGGCGCCUUCGUGUCCAGCUUCUACCUCCAGUUCAGCCGGGAUGGCAGACUGUGGUACACUUACAAAGAGCUCGUUGCUGACUCCCGGCCCACAGCCAAGGUUUUUCAUGGAAACCAUGAUGACCGAGGGGUAGCCGAGGUCCGACUGGACAGGAUGGUGUCGGCUCAGUUUGUCCGCCUGCUGCCAUACGACUUCCAGAAUGGCAUCUACCUUCGACUUGAGAUCAUGGGCUGUGGAGAUGGUCAGUGGAUAGUUCAGUGCGACUCGACUGGUGUUAUGUGUACAAAUUGGUUUGGAAAAUGCUCUCCUCUCCUCCAGCUGAACGUAGAAAUCCUUUUGAUUAAUUCUGACUAUUCCCCACAUGCAGCUACGCAGCCAUCCACGACAGCCAUCAGUCCACGCAGCUGCCCUGCUGGUCAGUUCUCCUGCCCCCCACCAGGGGGCUGCAUCGAGGCAGGGCUGCGCUGUGACGGGAUCCCCCACUGUCCGAAAGGAGAGGAUGAAACUGGCUGCCAUUCCCAUGACAUCACCACCCAGUCAGACAGACUAUACACACCCUCCCCUGCUCCUCUCAGGACUCCACCCAAGACUGCUUUUACUCAUCCUGCAGUGACCUCAACGGAUGGUGGCCCCGGAUAUCGUGCCAUCUGCUCGUCUCCCCUUGGACUGGAGGACGGGAGGAUUCGAUACGGUCAGCUGACGUCGUCCUCGCACCGCGAGAAUAACCCUGCUGAUGCUGGACGACUAAACAUCGUCCCGAACGUUCAGGUUAUGGAGCCUGGAUGGAGCCCCUUACCUGCAGAUCCCCAGCCCUUUUUACAGGUGGACUUCCUGGAGCCCACGUGGGUUUCAGGGGUGGUGACCCAGGGCAGUGAGCGCAUGUGGGGUUACCUCACUAAAUACCGCCUGGCCUUCGCCCUGCACAGCAGCCUCUUUACCGACUAUACUGAGGAUUGGAAGCCUGGCGGCCCUGCUAAGGUGUUUGAGGUGCGGAUGGCGGGCAGGAGCCCAGUGACCCGCCGGCUCGGUCGGCUGGUCAGAGCUCGCUACCUGCGCAUCAUCCCUGUGGAGUUCAGACACACCUUCUACCUGCGUGUGGAGAUCCUCGGCUGCAGAGGAGAUGAGCUCGUGACCCCCAGCAGCGUGACCACAUCUCCCUCUGGUGGUGGGAAAGUGACUGUGCAGCGUUGUGAGUCAGGCCUGUUUGCGUGUCAGUACAGUGAAGAGUGCGUGCCCGUCUCCCUGCUUUGUGAUGGUCGAGCGGACUGCGAGGACCACUCUGACGAAAUCAACUGUGGUACGGCUCCAACCAAAGGCUCCCCAGGGCUGCAGAACCAGACCAGGUCCACGGGGGGACCAGGUUUCCACACCACCAGGUCCCAAGGUGGCCUUCCUGGAGUGGCUAGCCCAGGGGUCACAGGUCAAACUGGACUUAAGAAGACAACAACCUCAAGUACAGGGGUCACCACAGGUCAACCUGGAUUGCAUCUCACCACAACCCGGCAUUCUGGAAAACCUGGGUUGCAAACCACAAAAGCCCCGUGGUUCACUACUACAGUGCUUUGCGUGGAGGGCCAGUUUGUGUGCCGGUCUUUUGGCUGUGUGGAUUCGGCACAGGUGUGUGACGGCAGACGGGACUGUUUGGACGGGUCAGACGAGGAACGCUGUGGCACCACAGCCGGACCAGCGGGGUCUACACAGGGACCCUAUGUGCCCAGCCCCUGCUCUCCCAAGCAGUUCUCUUGUGACAGUGGGGAGUGCAUUCAGCUGGAUCGCAGAUGUGACCUGCAGAGGGACUGUGUGGACGGGUCGGACGAGAGAAACUGUGUGGACUGCAUCAUGUCCCCGUGGACAGCGUGGAGCAUCUGCAGUGUGUCCUGUGGUCUGGGCUCCUUGUUCCGUCAGAGGGACAUACUGAGGGAAGCUCUGCCCGGAGGGACAUGUGGUGGAGCUCAGUUUGACAGUCAAGCUUGUUUCCCUCUAGCAUGUCCAGUCAGCGGUCACUGGUCAGAGUGGACAGAGUGGUCGGCGUGUGACGCUCAGUGUGGAGGUGGUGUCAGACGGAGGAACAGAACCUGCUCUGUUCCUCCUCCCAAGAACGGUGGGCGGGACUGUGAGGGCAUGACUCUGCAGAGCCAGAGCUGCAACAGCCAGCCCUGCACCAAAGACAUCAGCACGCAGACAGGCUGCGUCAACAGCAUGGUGUUGGUGACGGAGGCGGACUGCCAGGCCGGCAGCGUAGAGCCCUGUCCUCCGACCUGCUCACAUCUCAGCAUGACCAGUAACUGCACUGCAGCAUGUAUACCGGGGUGUCGCUGUGCCGACGGUCUUUACCUCCAGGAGGGGCGGUGUGUGAAUGGCAGCCAAUGCGUCUGUCUCUGGGACGGUCAGACACUGCAGCCAGGACAGACGGUCAGCAGGGACAAGUGUACCACAUGCUUGUGCAUAAAUGGACAGGUAACCUGUGACACCUCCCUUUGUGUGGCCACCUGUCAUUGGUCAGCAUGGUCGUCAUGGUCACCAUGUGAAGUGACCUGUGGUCUGGGGCUCCAGCAGCGCUACAGGUCCCCAGUGAACCCAGCUGGAGUCGUAAGAAUCCAGCCCUGUCCCGGAGACUCCUCGGAGGCCCGCCGCUGCUCCGGCUCCUGUCUCCCUGUGCUACCCGAUGGACUCUGGGGCAAAUGGACCAGCUGGUCAGAGUGCAGUAAGACAUGUUUCAACCACGUAGACGAUGUCGGAAUCCGGCGACGAUUCCGCAGCUGCAACCACACGCUCACAGCCUUCAACCACACACACACAGACUCGGCCUGCGAUGGAGACGGCGAGGAGCAAGAGCCUUGUAACACUGUCCACUGUCCAGUGAAUGGCGGCUGGUCAGCGUGGUCACCAUGGUCUCAGUGUUCUUCAGAGUGCGACUCCGGCGUCCAAACGAGAGAGCGAUUCUGCAGUUCACCCUCGACACAGCACGGGGGCAGCAGCUGCUCCGGGCCACUCAUACAGACGGGAGACUGCAAUUCCCACCCCUGUUCAGGUGUGUGUCCAGAGGGCAUGGCGCACAUGACAUCAGCAGAGUGCGAGUCUCAAGGCGGUGCGUGUCCGCGGGUGUGUCUGGACAUGACCUCCAUAGAGGUGCAAUGUGUCACCGCCUGUUACAACGGCUGCCACUGCGCCCUGGGCUUCUACCUGCUCAACGGCAGCUGCGUGCCCCUGGCACAGUGCCCGUGUUACCAACAGGGGGAGCUGUAUCCAGCCGGUGCAACCCUGCCUGUGGAUGCCUGCAAUAACUGUACCUGCACUGAUGGAGAAAUGCAGUGCGGAACAGCUCCCUGCUCUGUGGAGUGUGGCUGGAGCAGCUGGACCCAGUGGAGCUCUUGCAGUCGAACAUGCGACGUUGGUGUGAGAAGACGCUAUCGCUCGGGAACCAAUCCUCCUCCGGCUUUCGGCGGUCGUCCCUGCAAAGGAGACCGAGUUGGGAUCGACACCUGCAGCAUUGAACCCUGCUUUGGUGUCAGGGAGCCAUGGGGCGAGUGGUCGGAGUGCUCUGUGACGUGUGGAGGAGGUUACAGGACCCGAACCCGUGGACCCAUCCGAAUCCACGGCACCGCUCAGCAGUUCAGCGCAUGUAACCUGCAGCCUUGUGGAGACAGCAGGGCGUGUCUUCCAGGCCAGCAGUGGAAGCCGUGUGUGAGGGGAGCAGUGUCAUGUGCAGACCUCACGAUGGACCUCAGCAGGAACUGCACGCCGGGCUGCCAGUGUCCACACGGGACUGUCCUACAGGAUGCUGUGUGUGUGCGAGAGUCUGACUGUCGCUGUGACUUGGAUGGAGAGCAGUACAAACCCCGAGAUAUUGUCCCCACAGACUGCAACAACUGCACAUGUGAAGCAGGGAGGCUGGUAAACUGCUCUCAAGUCAUCUGCAAUGUCGAGGGCCAGUGGUCAAUGUGGACUCCCUGGGGUCAGUGUUCGGUGUCGUGUGGAGCGGGUCUCCAGUCUCGGUACCGGUUCUGUUCCAGCCCCCAGCGCUAUGGUGGUGGCCUGCCAUGUCUGGGCCCUCACAGAGAGGACCAAGUCUGCAUCGCCGCUCCAUGUGACCGUGACGGGGGCUGGGAUCAGUGGAGCAACUGGACGGAGUGUACCAAGUCCUGCGGCGGGGGGGUUCAAAGCCGGAGGAGAGAGUGUGACAGUCCCAGUCCGGAGGGGGAGGGGAACUACUGCGUGGGGCUGGGAACUGCAUUCAUAGCCUGUAACACUGACCACUGUCCAGUGGCGCCAUGCUCGCGGGUGCCAGGCACCGUGUUCAGUAGCUGUGGUCCGUCCUGCCCGCGCUCCUGUGACGACCUGGCUCACUGCGUGUGGCAAUGUGAGCCCGGAUGCUACUGUACAGGGGGGAAGGUCCUGUCUAACGGGACAGCCUGUGUGGAGAGAGAAGGCUGUCCCUGCAUGGACCUCAGCACCGGACACAGGCUGCAACUGGGGGAGACCGCCGAAGCCCCUGAUGGAUGUAACAACUGCACCUGUGAGGGUGGGAGGCUCAACUGCACCAGAUACCCCUGUCCAGUGUCCGGUGGCUGGUGUGACUGGUCAGAGUGGACUCCGUGCUCCAGGACCUGUGGGGCAGAGUCGGUGUCCCGCUACAGGAGCUGUGGCUGUCCUAAGCCCAAGGCCGGAGGGGCGACCUGUCCCGGAGAACUGGAAAAACACAAUGGGGUCGGAGUUCAAAUCCAGAGACAGCCCUGCCCUGUCAUCGUCUUCUGUCCAGUCCACGGUUCGUGGAGUCCGUGGUCAGCGUGGCCGGAGUGCGCCGGGUGCGCCGGGUCGUCCACUCGCACCAGGGAAUGUAACAGUCCCCCCGCCAGGUUCGGCGGGCUGCCCUGUCUCGGAGAGAGCAGGCAGAGCCGCGGUUGCCAAGACAACAUCACCGUCUGCUCAGACUGUGGUGGAGGCCAGGAAGAAUGGCCUUGUGGGAAGCCCUGUCCCCGCUCCUGUUCGGAUCUCCAUGGUGACACAGAAUGCGUGGACUCACCUGGGUGCAGACGGAGCUGCGGUUGUCCGGGUGUCAUGGUUCUGCAGGACGGAGUGUGUGUGGACAGGGAGGAAUGUCGCUGCAAAUACCACAACAGCUCUGCUACUGUGAGGACAGUCAGCGGUCUAGAUUCCAGUAAUGCAUCAUGGGUAUGGCCGGGUGGAUCUGAUUGGCAGUUUGCAAAUCCAGGAGACAGCAUCAUCAGUGACUGUAGAAACUGUUCAUGCGAGGCUGGGGUCCUGCAGUGUCAAUCCGUCCCCGGUUGCUAUGUUGACGGGGGCUGGAGCCAAUGGGGGGCCUGGACUGAGUGCCCGCUUUCUUGUGGAGGAGGAGUCAAGUUCAGGAGACGCCAGUGUGAUAACCCGUCCCCCCAGAGCAGUGGGAGGGGCUGCCUGGGAAUCGCUGGACAGCAGAAAGACUGCAACAUACACCUGUGCACAGACUCAGUGGGCCCGUGGCACCCCUGGUCUCAGUGGUCUGAGUGUUCGGUCAGCUGUGGUGGAGGACAGCAGUCCCGCUCUCGUCUCUGCAGCUCUCCGCCCUGCAGUGGCCUCAGCCGCCAGAGCAAGACCUGCAACACCCAGGUCUGCCUCGAAGUGGGCUGCCCCCCCGGGAGGUUGUACAGGGAGUGUGAACGAGGCGAAGGCUGUCCAUUCAGCUGCGCUCAGGUCAGCGGCAGAGAGGGCUGCUACUCCGAUGGCUGCGAGGAAGGCUGCCACUGCCCCCCCCACACCUACCAGCACCACGGUGUCUGUCUGCAGGAGUGUCCUUGUCUGGUGGACAAAGAGUUUAUGGCCUCUCUGCAGAGUGUUUCUGUCAUGCCGGUCUCGCCUCUGCUCCUCCAUAACAUCUCUGAGGGAGUGGAGCUUCAGUCUGGAGACACACUGCUCCACGACUGCAGCAGCUGCGGCUGCGAGCUUGGCAGGUGGAACUGUUCCUUGGAGCAUUGCCCGGUCAACGGCGGUCUGUCACCCUGGGGCUCCUGGAGCCCUUGCUCGCUGUCCUGUGGCGGUCUGGGACUGAAGACUCGCUCCAAGAGCUGCACACAGCCGGCCCCGGCCCACGGAGGGAGAAACUGCCAGGGGCCACGCCAGGAAACCACUUACUGCCAGGCCCCUGAUUGCCCAGUGAUUGUUGGUCCGACAGAAGAACCAGUUUUACCAGAUGAGGAUGCUGGCUUCUCUCCGUGGUCAUCAUGGAGUCCGUGCACAAAGCCCUGCACGGACGCCCUCAACCCGGCCACGAAGUCCCGCCAUCGACAGUGUGUCAGACCCCCCUGCUCUGGAAGCUCUCACCAGGAGAAGGCCUGCAACCUGCCCCAGUGUCCAGAUGGGGACGAGUUGUGUGUGGGGGCAGACUGCGCAAAGAGGAACUGCUCGUGGACAGAGUGGGGGGAGUGGAGCUCCUGCUCGCGGUCCUGCGGAGUGGGUCAGCAGCAGAGGAUCCGCACCUUCCUCAGACCCCGGACCAACGGCUCGUGGUGCGAGGACAUCUUGGGAGGAAACCUGGAGCCUCGCUUCUGUAACAUCAAGCCCUGCCGAGUGGAUGGAGGUUGGUCUCGCUGGAGUCCCUGGUCUCGCUGUGAUAAGCGCUGUGGCGGCGGGCGCUCCAUACGCACUCGCUCCUGCUCCAGCCCUCCGUCCAAGAACGGAGGGAAGACGUGUGAAGGAGAAAAGAACCAGGUCAAACCCUGCAACACCAAACCCUGCGAUGAGAGAGGGUGCCCGCCAGGCCAGGAGUUCGUGUCGUGUGCCAACCAGUGUCCACAGCGCUGCUCAGACCUCCAGCAGGGCAUAGAGUGCCAGGGCAACACCGAAUGUCAGCCCGGCUGUCGCUGCCCUAAAGGCCAGUUGCAGCAGGACGGGGUGUGUGUGCAGCUGUGGCAGUGCGACUGCGUGGACUCACUGGGACAUAUUUGGGAGGCCGGCAGUUUGCAUCAGGCGGACUGUAACAACUGCAGCUGCUCGGACGGACAGCUCCUCUGCACCAAUCACAGCUGCCAGGCCACCUGCAUUUGGAGCUCCUGGUCUAGCUGGGCAAUGUGCAGCGUCUCCUGUGGGCAGGGCCAAAGAACCAGAUACAGGUCUCUGGUCCCGGAGACUGAAGGAGCUGACUGCCAGUUUGAGGAAGUCCAGCACAAAUCCUGUGACCCAGGACCCUGCUCACCUCUCUGUCUCCAUGACAACCGGGAGCUCGGAGUGGGCGACACCUGGCUGCAGGGCGAGUGUAAACAAUGCACAUGCACCCCAGAGGGAGAUUACUGCCAAGACAUUGACUGCAGAGUGGAUGGUGGUUGGACCCCUUGGUCAGUGUGGUCCGACUGCUCAGUGACCUGUGGACAUGGUGCACAGGUUCGUACCCGGGCCUGCAUCAACCCCCCUCCACGUAACAACGGGUCUCACUGCAGUGGGCCGGACAGAGAGGCACAGGACUGUGUCACUCCUCCCUGUCUGGAUGACCUUUGCCCCUGGUUGCCGUGGUCACCGUGUUCCCGGAGCUGCGGCGCAGGUUCAGCAUCGCGGCGCAGGGUGUGUGUGUGUGAGGAGGGGGGAGACGCAGCGUGUCCCGAUAACAUCGAGGCUGAGAGGAACAGAGAGGAGACCCAGCUGUGUUAUCGGCAGCCCUGUCCAGGCUGCCCCAUGUCGGAGUGGAGCGUCUGGUCUCGGUGCUCCUGUGCGUCUCAGAGGCAGCUGCGCUACCGUGUGGCUCUCUCCCCAGCCACCAGGGGGCAACAGUGCACUCCUGUUGAAACACAGAACGGGACAUGCAGUCUCAGUCAAUGUGAUGAUUGCGAAGCCCCAUUUGUGUACUCGGCAUGCGGCGAGCCCUGUGAGAAGCAGUGUGCACUGCAGGGCAAUGGCGCUCUGUGUGUGGGUGUCCGGGAGUGCACACCUGGCUGCUAUUGCCCGCAGGACCUGCUGCAGCAGAACGGGAGCUGUGUUCCUGCAGAGCGGUGCGGCUGCAUCCACCUGCAGCAGCAAGCUUCAGGCCAACCACCUACACCUGUCACUGUCCCUCAGGGGGCCUCGGUCACCAUAGGCUGCAGUACCUGCCUUUGCCAUGAUGGAACUUUGCAGUGUGACAUGAGAGAGUGUGAAGUCAUCCUCAGCGAGUGGUCAGAGUGGACCCCCUGUUCUCCCUGUGUGCCCUCUUCCUCCCUGCGGCCCAGCAACUCCCAAGCAGGAGUCAUCAGUGGCAGUAAAAUGGUCUCAAUCCAAAGGCGUUUCCGAGCCUGUUUGGACCUGGAUUCGGGGCUCCCUGUCUCUAAAGAGGAGGAGGAGAGCCAAUGUCCAGAACCCCUGGGGGAGGAGAGGCUCUGUCCAGAUGCCAACGUCUGCAGAGAUCUGUGUCAGUGGAGUGUGUGGAGCGCCUGGACGGCCUGCGCGGAGCCUUGCAGCGGCGGAGUCAGGCAGCGCUACAGACGGCCCACGGCCUCUCCUCCAGGACCCCGCUGUAAGAGCCAACAGACGCAGAGCCAGAGCUGCAACACAGGACUCUGCCCAGGUGAGCGCUGUGAGGAUAGGGGGCGGACUUACCAAGAGAACUGUGCCAAUCAAUGUCCUCGAAGCUGUACUGACUUAUGGGAGCACGUGCAGUGUCUCCAGGGAGCAUGUCACCCAGGUUGUCGGUGUCCGAAGGGACAGUUGCUGCAGGACGGCCACUGUGUGCCAGUGGAAGAGUGUCGCUGUGGUAUCCCAUCAGGCAACGGGACGCUGGAGUUCAUCCCUAAAGAGGAGCUUUCUGUGGACUGUAACACCUGUGUGUGUGAGAAUGGCACUCUGGUGUGCAGCAAGCUUCAGUGCCCGCUGUAUGAGCCCUGGAGCCCAUGGAGCUCCUGCUCAGCCUCCUGUGGACGCGGCCAGAUGACAAGGACGCGCCUUUGCCAGGACACAGAGGGCGGCCCUUCCUGUGCUGACACCACGCAGACGGAGCGCUGCGAUCUGCCAUCAUGUCCAGUGGGAUGUUGGUUGAGCGAGUGGUCACACUGGACUGAGUGCAGCGCCAAGUGUGGCGGCGGGGCGACUGUGCGGAACAAGACGGUCCUCAGAGAGCCAGAGCCUGGUGGGACGGCCUGUGUUGGACCGCUUGAACAGCACACUGUCUGUAACACCAACAGCUGCCUGCCUGAGUGUCCAAGGGGGCAGGUGUUUAGUGACUGUUCAGGUUCCUGUCCAUAUACCUGUGAGGACCUGUGGCCACACACUCAGUGUUUAUCUGGACCCUGCACCCCUGGGUGCAGCUGCUCUCCUGGACAGGUGUUGCAUGAAGGCUCCUGUGUGUCCCUCUCCGACUGUCCCUGUUCACCGCUGUCCCUACCGACUGGCCACCCACGCUGGAAUGUCAGCACCGAGGAGGUCACAGAAUCUCGGCUGCCACCUGGAACGGCCAUCCAGCACCUCUGCAACACUUGUGUGUGCCAAAGAGGAGCGUUCAACUGCACCUCGGAGCUCUGUGAUGGUGACUGCGAGUGGUCCAGCUGGUCCCCGUGGAGACCCUGCUCAGCGAGCUGUGGCACGGGGCAACAGAGCUCCACCAGAAUCAUCCUGCAGCCUAGCCGGUACGGAGGGGCCCCGUGUGAGGGCCCCGAGCACCGCACCAAGACCUGCAUGGCUCCCAACUGUGCGUGUCCUGACGGGGAGCAGUGGAGGAGGAGCGCGUCGGAGGAGCAUAUGCUGUGUGAGAGGAGCUGCCAGGACAUUUACUCCGCCUCUCCCGUCAACUGCAGCCGCUCCGCCGAGGGCUGCGUGUGUCGGGAGGGGCUUUACCGCGACACCGGGGGCGCUUGUGUCAUCCCCGCCCUCUGCCCCUGCCAUGACCAGGGCAUCCAGCGGGAGGCAGGAUCAGAGUGGGAUGAGGGCUGUCAGUCGUGUCGAUGUGUCAACGGGAAAGAACUGUGCCAGUUAAGAUGUCCGCCACUCCACUGUGAUGAGGGGGAGGUCAAGGUGGAGGAGCCAGGCAGCUGCUGUCCAGUCUGUAGAAAGCAGUUUCCAGGCGAGCCUGUGCCAGAGUGUCGCCGCUACGUUCAGGUCAGGAACAUCACCAAGGGAGACUGUCGGCUUGACAACGUGGAAGUCAGCUCCUGCAGAGGACGCUGUCUGUCCAGGACCGAUGUCAUCCUGGAGGAGCCCUACCUGCAGUCAGUGUGUGAAUGCUGCAGUUACCGCUUGGACCCCGACAACCCGGUGCGUUUCCUCAGCCUGCAGUGUGAGAGCGGGGAGAGCGAGCCAGUCGUCCUGCCCGUCAUCCAUAGCUGCGAGUGCACCAGCUGCCACGGAGGUGACCUGUCCAGACGCUGAGCAAGUGUGUGUGUGUGAGAGAGAGAGAGUGAGAGAGUGAGUGAGUGUACGCCAGCCCCACUGAAAGGCAGACGAUGGAUGGGUGAGAGGACAGAUGAAGUCCUGGUUGUUCUUUGGGUUCCUAUUCUGAUUGAUCGUCUAUUCUUCUGCCUGUACAGCCUUUUUUUCUACUGUAUAUUUAAAGUAAUAUUAAAGGACCUAUGAUUCAGACAUAUUAUGUAUUCAAAUAUGUUUCAUAUGUAUAUGUUUAAAGAGAAUGUAUAUGUGAUAGCAGUCUUCUCUAAGUGUGAGUCUACAUAAAACUGUUAGAUAUUUUAACAUGUCGC